GUCUGUCGCGGGACAUUACAUUUCCCGAGGCAAAGCUAUCAACGGCUGAAUAUUUUUGGAAGGAAAAGAAGCAGUUGAAAUAUGCCUUCAAGAGUCGCGAGAAGAGGUUUAAGUACGAAAGAAUCGAUUGUAUCUGGUCAUGCAGGUCAUGCAGGUCAUGGAGGUCAUGGAGGGUCUGGAACAUACGUCCGUCCAGGAGGGGGAUAUGUUUAUUUGGAGGAGGAUCUCACCAACGGACAAGUCAUGGACGUAACGGACAAGUAUGUGGUCACAGAGCCUUCAAGAAGGACCAUGCGACAUAUGCAGGCUCCGGUAAAGACCCUGACAACCAAUGGAAGCAUGAUUUCGGCAGAACCCAGUCUUAUCAGCAUGCCAAGGCAUCGACAGGAAAAAAUCGUCACCAGAGUUCUUCCAGCUAAUCCACAGGUCCAAAGAGUUGCUCAACGGCGUGUAGUAUCACCUCAUGUUGUUCAAGGGGGUUAUAGGACAGUGAUUGACAGUUCAAGGGGUGUGAUGAUGAAUGGGGGACAACAGAUCAUAAGACAAAGUCAACCAUCUGCUAGAUACAUUCAAAAUCAACAGGUUAUCAGAGAAGUUCAGCCAUCUGCUAGAUACGUUCAAAGUUCACAGGUCAUUAGAGAAGAACGCCCAUCUAGAUACAUACAAAAUCCACAAGUAGUUCAACAGGUUGUUCGACGUUCUGCUCCUGGUAAAAAAUAUUAUGUAUCAAGGUCAAGUGACUACACUUCUGGGUCCUCUUCAGAUUCAUCAACAAGCGAUUCCGACGAGGAAAGAACCGUCAUCUCAAAAGGUGAAGUCGUACAUGCCGUUAUCAGAGAUAACUGGACCUUCAGCAAGAGAGAACCAAAAGAGGAGAAAAUCGUGACCUCUGUCAAAACUAAAGGUCACAAGGAUGACGAUGCAAGUUCUUCUGCCUCGUCAAGUUCUCUAGAAAGCAGGAAGCUGAAAAUUUUGGAGCAAGUACGUGAUAAUGGCGUGGAAAAUGGACAAGUGAUUGUUAAUGAUAAUGGAACACCAGUUAUUGUUAAAAUGAGAGGCAAUAAAAAGAACAAAAAAGAGAAAAAAGGGAAAAAGGAAAAAAAGAAAGCAGAGGAGCUGUAUAGGCUUUAGAGCCAGUGCCAGAGGUCACAGCUAGGACAGAACCAGAAGACUAAUAAUUCACAAACUAAUAGAUUGGAGUGUCAUGGCUAGCAAAUAAUACUCAACAAUGGCAUCAUGCAGCUUGCAUGUUUCAUGAAAGUGUUGUCGAUCAUGUCACAAAAAAGUUCUUAGUUUAUUCAGUACUGAACUGCAAUACUAUCUUGUGUUCUUGGAAGCAAUUAAACAAUAAUAUUAAAUUGUAUUUUUGAAAAUUUCUGUAAACUGUCAUUAUUUGUUUAAAUUUAACUCAUUUUGCAUUUAAUUUAUCUGGCUAUUGUUAUUUAUUACAGUUUUGUAAAUGAAAUCUUUGUUUUAUGUGCUCUUAUUAUCUUCCCUGAAUUCAGAAGCCUUUUGUGAAAAAGGGAGGUAACUAUGAAAUUACUUUAUGACUAAAAUCUGGAACCCAUGUAAAAUUAAAGGGAAAUAACUCACCAAAUUUUUGACAUCUAUUUACAUGAUUAGGUUUUGAUUUUAAUUUGAAGUUGUUUUGGCUAAUCAAUUUACAUGUCACAGUUGUAACUUGUGAUAUAAAAAUAUUAUGGUUAAUUAAGCGAACAUAAAUUUUUCCUUUAAACUAGAUUUCAAACAUGUUAAGAAAUAACUUUAAAGUUCAUUUGGGUAGAUUGUUUAUGAUAAAAGUGUCUUUGACAUGGGAAAGAAUGAGUUCUCAUUUUCUUUUUGAAAUCCCAAAGUUGAUGGAUGUUUCAAUUAUUCAUAUCUUUUGUAUCGAUCCACUUAGCGGAAGAAUUAGGCCAGUUCAUUAUGAAAACAAUUACGUCUGAUUUAUUGUUAAAGAUCGUCUUUCUCAGUUGUACCAUUUUAACCCAUCCAUGAUAUGUUCUCAUUUGAUGUAGAUGUAGAUGUUAAGAAAAAUCUUUAAAAAAUCUUUAUAGCAAAUGAAGUUAAGAAAAACAAGUUUUUUUUUAUUAUUUCUUUUUAAUGCAUGCAUGCCACAUUAAUAAUGACUCAAACGCCAUUUACUCUUCACUUCAAUAAAUUCUUCGCUUCAACGAAUUCUUCACUUUGUAUAUUCAAUAGGUAAAAAGUACAAAGCAAUUUGAAAUAUUGACUAGCAUGAAAUCACCAUGUGUAAACAGCGUACACAAUUAAUUCAUACCUAUUAAGGAAAUCCUAGAUAAAAAUAGAUCUCGAUCGUAAAGCUACGUGUACACCUAUUAGGCCUUUGUUUAUUCAAGUAUACAUCUCAAUGUCAAAGCACCUACCAAUGUUUGCUAAACCAAUAUUAUUAAAAUACUUUAUUAUAUAUACUUAUAAUGUUUGUAUUUGAAAUUUCAUGUGAAUAAUACUGUUUAGAGGGCAAUUUAAAUUUCUCAGUACAUCAAUAAGGCAUUUUCCAUCAGACCAUGAACGAUCAUAAGAAAUCUCUUAUUGUUGAAGUUUAAAUUGAAAACUUUUGAAUUUUGACAUCAUCACGCUAUAUUUUUCAUCAAAUUGGAUGUCUCUAUUGAUAUGGAAAUCAAGUUAAAUUUUUUUUUAGAUCUUCGCCUUUCUAACCUGAUUGCAAUCAAUCAUGUUCCCAACUAUAGUCAUUUAAUUGAAAAAGAAAAUAAAGAUCCCACUUUGUCCAGGAUUUUGACUAUUUAUUUGGAUUGUUAUCACAAUUGACCUUGUAAUUAUAGAAAUAUCAUAGAAUCAUGUCCAUUUAAUGUUUAUUUGCGUAAAAAUUCUUUUUCAUUCAACUUGUAUGCUCAAAAAUACAUGAAAUUGUAAAACUUUCAAAAUGAUAAAAGAAUUUAAAUCGCUUAAUAAUUAAAUGAAAUUGAUGGGCAGUAUAUUUGAUCUCAUCUAAGGAUUUGUGGAACGACUGUACUAAGGGAGAAAACUCUUGAUACAAAACAUGAAAUCCAGGUUAUAUAUUUUUUAUUUUCGUUCAUUUUUCAUGAAAUAUUUACACAUUAUGUAAUAUGAAAUCCUGAUUGUUUUGAAUAAUUUAGAUUAGUUUAUUUUGCAUAAUAGAUAUUAUAAUGCUUAUAUAUUAUGUAAACUGCCAAAAAUAUUUAGUAUUUCUAA